CGCCCCCUUCAAGUUUAUCUCUUAAACAUAUCUCGCUGCAAUCGAUGAAACAAUGUCCGGUAUCCCCUGUCAUGAGCAAGGGCCGCGUAUGGGCAAAGGCCGAAUACGAACACGGCCGCUUAAAUCAGCCACCUGAUCAUCAUCGCCCGCCUUACCUCCUAUUAUGUAGGUACAGUAUGGCUGCGAUCGAUCUGGUCGACCGCAGCAUCGGCCAGGCUCUGACAGGUUUGUCUGCGCCGGGCAGUCUGCUGAACCCAUGUCAAACAUGCCAGGGUCCAGGCGGUGGAUGAUUUCUGCUGGUCCAACCGCCAGCUCUCUCAAGCAUGUGGCGUCAUCUGACAUGUUGUUAUGGCCCAAGCAAGGCUGACGAUCGUGUCGAGCCUCGUCCUUCGCGGCUUGGAUGCUACGUCACCCUCAGACCGCACAGAAACCGGAUUCAGGGCACGACACAGUACCACCACCACGGCUGCCACCAUGAAUAGAUAAGUACCCUUGAUCUGCUGGCUUUGGGAUCAGCUUUUCGUCCAGCAUUCCUAGACAGCAACAUCAUUUACCUCGCCGAGAACAAACAAUCCCUGCAACACUGUUAAACUACCUGUACAACCAAUCACAUCAGAGUGCCAUAUCAUUGACCACGAACACCAUUCACAAUGCCUCUCUUUGGACACAAGAACAACGCUCCAGUCGAGCCCACUCCGAAUACUGCUCGCACUCGACACUCGACAUCGUCCUCCGACGCCAGUGCCAGCGGAUCGCGAGGCCUCUUCGGCAGCCGUCGCCGCUCCUCGUCGUCCGACAUGCACAACCCGCAACGGUCCAACACCACCGGCAAGCGGACCUCAGGGGGUCUGUUCAACCGACACAGCGUGGAGGAUCCGUCGAUUGUGGAUGCACGCCAACGAGUUGCUCAGGCAGAGCGAGCUGAGCAAGAAGCCGACCGUGCUCUGGUCCAGGCCAGAGCCGCUGUACGAGAUGCCCGGGAACAUGUCAAGGUUCUAGAGCAAGAGGCUGCUGAAGAGGCCCGUUUGGCAAAGAUCAAGCAGCAGAAUGCCAAAGACAUCUCCAAGAGAGCCAAGCCACUGGGUCGACAUGAUCGAUACUAAAACUCUCGCUAAUGCCAACGACCCUGAUGCUUCGAGCGGACGUAUGUAAUGGCGCAAGUCAUGUUCGAUCACAUGGUGUUGUCCAUAGGCAAUGAUUAACUUUGCCUGUUCGUUUUGCGGAGAAUGAAGUGAGCGUACUGUUGGACUACGAGCAUUGUACAACCACCUGAUUACAUAGUACCUGAUUUGUAUACUAUUUAGACGAACAAUAUUCACAGAUGCCCGUUUUCGCUCAA